AUCUAUGCGGAUCCUGCCAAAAGGCUGGAGCUGUAUUUCCGUCCCAAGGACCCUUACUGCCAUCCCGUAUGUGCCAAUCGCUUCCCCACCUCCACCAUGCUGCUCAAAGUGAAGAGGAGGACCAAGAAGAGGAAGCAGUUGGACACUGAAGAACAAAUGCAGCCAGAAGUCCAGUUUGAAAUGGAAAUUCUUGGGACUGUCACCACCGUUUACAAAUUUCAAGGAAUGUCUGAUUUCCAGUACCUGGCAAUGCACUCUGGUCCUGAUGGCAAACAAACCUCCAUGUAUGACAAAGUCCUAAUGCUCAAACCAGAGAAGGAAGAUUUUUUCAAUAGAGAAUUACCUCUUUACAUCCCACCACCAAUUUUCUCACGUCUGGACACUCCUGUUGACUAUUUUUAUCGGCCAGAUAUACAACACCGGGAGGGAUACAACAAUCCCCAGGUGUCUGAUGAGAACCUGAUUGGCCUUAGCAGGGCCCGUCGCCCACACAAUGCUAUCUUUGUGAACUUUGAUGACGAAGAAAUCCCAGCUAAACCACUGGAUGCUGCUGUACAGACCUGGAAGAAAGUGUGCACCAAUCCUGUGGAUAAAAAGGUGGAGGAAGAGCUGAGAAAGCUCUUUGAAGUCCGUCCUGUCUGGUCUCGGAAUGCAGUAAAAGCCAAUAUCAGUGUCCACCCAGACAAGCUGAAACUUCUCUUGCCGUAUUUGGCCUAUUACAUGUUAACAGGUCCUUGGAGAAGCUUAUGGGUUAGAUUUGGGUAUGACCCCAGAAAACACCCUGAAGCAAAGAUUUAUCAAGUACUGGACUUCCGAAUUCGCUGUGGAAUGAAAUAUGGUUAUGCCCCUAAUGACAUGCCCGUGAAAGCAAAACGCAGCAUGUAUAACUACAGUCUGCCCAUCACUGUCAAGAAGCCAGCAAGUCAUACAGUGAGUGUACAUGAUCUGAAACAGGGGCUUGGUAUAGCCGGUGCAUCCGGUGCAAAAAAGCCUGCCUCCAACGCAUAUAAACUGAAGGAAUCCAUCUACAUUUUCCGAGAAGGAGCCUUACCCCCUUACCGGCAGAUGUUCUACCAGCUCUGUGACUUAAAUGUGGAAAGCCUACAGAAAAUCAUACAUCGGAAUGAUGGCACAGAGUCAGAAUGCACAGAGAGGGAUGGGUGGUGCCUUCCAAAGACUAGUGAUGAUCUGCGCGAUACCAUGUCUUUGAUGAUAAAGCAGAUAAUCAGAUCCACAAGACCUGCUCUUUUCUCAAAUACAACAAGCAGUGAAGAUGGCAAAGAGCAGCUGGCAUAUGAGUCUGCAGAGGAGGAGGAGGAUGACGAAGAGGAGGAGGAAGAGGACUUCAAGCCUUCUGAUGGGAGUGAAAAUGAAAUGGAGACAGAAAUUCUGGACUAUGUGUGA